AUGUUUACUCAUGUUAUCCGACGUUGUUUUAUAUCUUGUCAUAUUCGACGAUCACUUUCAAUAGUUCCGAACAAUUCUACAGUACCUUCAUCGUCCAUACGUAUUUGUUGUAUUGUUGGCAGCGGUCCAGCUGCUGAACAUGAACGUGUACGUUUUAUUAGAAAUAUUCAUGUUGGUAAAACGAUUGGAUUAAAAGAAUUACAAGAAUUUUAUCAUAUUAUUGUUCUUGCUUAUGGUUCAUCUGUUGAACAUAAUUUACAUAUAUCUGCCCAUACAGUUGCUAAAAGAAUUAUCGAAGAUAUUGAACAAAGUCAUUUGACUAAUUUACAUGAGAUCAAAUCGGGAGGUGAUGGUUUAAUAGCACUUGCUAAAUCUCGUCAAAUUCGAUGUAUUUCAUAUGAAGAUUGGAAAAAACUAGAUGCACAUGAAAUAAAUCUUGGUCAUGUAAAAGGAAAACCACGUGAAAAGAUAAUCAAUAUUCAAAAAAUGCUUGAAUUAACUACAUCUUAA